AUGGUGAGCUUGGCCACCUACUUAUUGGAAGGGGAGGCCGAGAAUUGGUGGCAAAGCCUACAGCAGAGUGUCCUAGCCACCUGCUCCUGGACAUGGGCUGGAUUCAAGGCAAAAUUCUUUGAAAAGUAUUUCCCCUGGUCGUGCUGCAAUGAGAAGAUCACACAGUUUUUAUGGCUGGAGCAAGGGAGCCUUACAGUUGCCAAGUACGAGGCUCGGUUCAACGAACUCUCCCAGUAUGUACCCAAGGCCUUGGAGGAUGUCAAAUACAAACUGCAGAAGUUCAAGGAGGGACUUAGGCCAGGGAUCCAGUCACGGUUGUGCAUCUGGGAUUUUGAGGACUUCGCCGAACUGGUAGACAAAGCCAUGUGGGUUGAGAAAGACUUCGAGCGCACCAUGAGAACCCGCCCUCCAGCUAGAGACACUCAGUUCAGGCGAAGGCAGGCGCCUCCCACUCCCAGGAUGCGAGACCAGGGCAUUUCACUCCCGGUGAAUCGACCACAGCAGAACCAGGCGGUAGCUAGAGUAGCACCCAGGCCUCAACAGCCCAGACAGGGGUCCCUAGCUCAACAGAGAGCUCCCCAGGCUAGGGUGUACGCCGUUGCCGCUACAGAAGCAGAGCAGGACCCCUUGCAGACCAUCCACGGUACCGCCCACAUUAACGGUACCCUUGUACUUACACUUUUCGAUUCCGGUGCAAAUCUAUCCUUUAUUGAUUCUGCUAUUGCAUCUAGACUAGCAUUGAACACGACUAGGAUGCAUGUUCCCUUAGUUGGAGCACCCCCUAUGGGCAAGUUUGUGGAAAUCGAUAAGGUAUGCAAAGCAUGCCCCAUCACGCUCGCAAAUCGCGAGGUUGCUGUAGACCUAAUUGUCAUGCCCGUCUGGCAAUUUGACGUCAUCCUUGGGAUGGACUGGCUCACGUUGGCUCUAGAGGAAACUGAGUCAGUAGAAGAAAAGGGAGAGGCAGAUGUCGAGAAUUCGUGA